UGGAUAAAAUGCCACCUAAGAGGUUGGAAAUGGGCAAGUAUGGUUUGGUUGCAUCAUUUAUCCUUUUGCUUGCAAGCAAUAGAAUGGGAUUUGUGGUUUCUCAUGAAUAUGCCAAUGAAGUUCAUAGUACUCCACAACAAGUUCAGAGGACAUCUUAUCACUUCCAACCCCUCAAAAAUUGGAUGAAUGGGCCAAUGUUCUACAAGGGAAUUUACCACUUUUUCUAUCAACACAAUCCCAAUGGAGCUGUUUUCAAUAGCAAAAUGGUGUGGGCUCAUUCAAUAUCAUACGAUCUAAUCAAUUGGGUCCAUUUGAAUCAUGCCCUUGAGCCCACUGAUCCAUUCGAUAUCAAUGGCUGCUGGUCCGGCUCAGUCUCCUUCCUUCCCAAGAACAAACCCCGCAUUCUCUACACAGGAAUUGAUUCCAGUUUCCAGCAGGUUCAAAAUUUAGCAAUACCCACCAAUUAUUCGGACCCUUUUCUUGAAAAGUGGAGAAAAUUCCCCCAAAAUCCAAUUAUCGCUCCUCCCGAUGGGGCGGAGAGAAACAGAUUUAGAGACCCAACUACAGCUUGGCAGGGCCCAGAUGGAGAAUGGAGGGUCGCCAUUGGAGGGCAGACGAGCUAUGGAGGAGCAGCGAUGCUUUACAGAAGCGAGGACUUCGUUCGCUGGCAUCAAUUCAGGUUUCCUCUUUAUUCUUCUCAAGAUUCUGGAACUUGGGAAUGUCCUGAUUUUUACCCUGUGAUGCUUAAUGGAACGAAUGGGAUUGGUUUCUCUAGUGGAUUUGGGGUUGGUGUUAAGCAUGUGAUGAAAGCUAGCUUUAACUCUCGUGAUCAUUAUACAUUGGGAAGUUAUGUCCCUGAGAAAGAGAAGUUCACUUCUGAUCAUGGUCUUGGGUUUGAUUUUAGAGGAAUAAACUUAGGGUUGAGGUAUGAUUAUGGGAAGUUUUAUGCUUCCAAGACGUUUUAUGAUAGUUCCCAAAAGAGGAGGAUAUUGUGGGGUUGGGUUAAUGAAUCUGAUAGCAGACAAGAUGAUAUCAAUAAGGGAUGGUCCGGACUUCAGGCGAUUCCUCGAAAGAUUUGGCUAUCCAAGACUGGAAGGCAGUUGAUACAAUGGCCGGUCAAGGAAAUUAAGAUGUUACGCAGGAACCAUUUUAGCUUGCAUCAUAAAGAACUUAGAGGGAGAUCAACAAUGGAAGUUCUUGGUGGCUCAGCUUCCCAGGUUGACGUGGAGGUUUCCUUUGCGCUUCCCCACUUAGAGGAGGCCGAGUCAGUGGACACAAGAUGGGGUGUUCUUGAUCCUCAAGUGCUGUGUAGUAAAAGAGAUGCAUCAAUGAAUGGCAGAGUUGGACCCUUUGGCUUGUUGGUUUUGGCCUCCAAUGACUUAUCCGAACACACUGCAAUAUAUUUUCAUGUUCUCAAAGCUCAUAACAGAUAUGUAGUGCUUAUGUGCAGUGAUGAAAGCAGGUCUUCUUUCAGAAAGGGGGUAGAUAAAACCACUUAUGGGGCGUUCGUAGACAUAGACCCACGCUACAAAAAGAUAUCAUUGAGAACACUGGUAGACCACUCUAUAGUCGAGAGCUUUGGAGGAAAAGGAAAAACAUGCAUCACAUCCCGAGUAUAUCCGACUUUGGCUGUCAAUAACGAUGCUCGUUUAUAUGCAUUCAACAAUGGAACUCAAACUGUAGUGAUUUCCAGUUUGAAGGUUUGGAACAUGUCAAAUGCUGAAAUCAAAUGAGUUUCUGUAGCGAUGUUCUUUAUUUUUUUUUUCUUUUUUCAAAAUAAAUUAGAUACGAAGGGAUGAAAUUUGUUUGUAAUUUUCUAUAUAUGAACCAAAAAUGGAUUAGUUCACUAUAAUUAUUGGUUAUUUGAUUAGCAAUCAUAAGUUAGACAUAAAAUAGCUAUGCA